AUGCUGUCAGAUAACAUGAAACAAAAGAGCGAAAAGAAACUCAUUGCUGAUUUCGACGCUGUUUCAUUAUAUCCAUCAGCUAUAGCAAGACUUUAUACUUUAGAAGGUAUUCCAAAGGUUAUGAAGAAAGAAAUGUUAAGCACAGAGUAUCUCAUGAGACAUUUAUUCGAUGACGACCAAAAGGAACCCAUUGGUGAAAAGUUUAUGUCUGGCUUCUUUGUUCUCAUUAAGAUAACAGAGAUUGGAAUACAUAGACACUUUCCUUUAAUAGUUUGUGACCCUGAACUAAAUCCAGAACUUAACGUUCCCAGAAGUUCAAACACUUGCUGUUUAAUGUAUGUUGACCAUAUAACAUUACAAGACCUCAUAAAAUAUCAAGGUGUCAAAUGUGAAGUGUUGCAAGGAUACUAUUACGAUGGAAACAGAGAUAUUAGAAUAAGAGAUGAAGUAAAGAAGUUGUUUGAGUUAAGGUUAAAGUAUAAGAAAGAAGGAAAUCCUUUGCAAGAAAAUAUAAAGCUCAUUCUGAACAGUAUUUAUGGCAAAACUAUUCUAUCUCCUAUUGAGUCAAAAAUAACCAUAGUAAAUGACAAAGAUGCUAUAAGAUAUGCCAUCAGAAACUACAACCAUAUAGUGAAGUUCGAAGGUUUGGAUGGUUCAGAUAAAACUAUUUUCAAGCUAACGAAAAGCAUUUGCAGACACUUUAACUUCUGUCCACUUGGUGUUAACAUUCUGUCUAUGUCGAAGAGAAUAAUGUGUGAAGUAUUCUGUACUGCUGAGGACUUAGGAAUGGACAUCUUUUAUAGCGAUACGGACAGUAUGCAUCUCUACAAUGAAGAUAUCCCUCGUUUAGCUGAAGAGUUUGAGAAACGUUAUGGAAGAGUUCUCAUUGGUAAAAACCUUGGUCAAUUUCAUAGCGACUUUGCAGAAAUCACAAAAGAUAAACAAAGUUUAGCAUACAA